CUCGGGCGUGCUUGCGGCAACCCUGUAACCGCCUGUGCGCAAGUCGGAAGGGCAAGGGGCGGGCGUGUCCUGGUCUGGAGGCGGCCCAGGCUGCCUUGGUGACUCUGGCUUCGCAGCCUCAUGGCUUGCGGCCGGUUCGCGCAACGGCCUGCGAACCACCAAGCGCGUCCCCGCCGGCUCGGGUCCGCCCCGGAGCCCAGUCCCUCGGCCUGGCCCGCUAUGCCCUGCACACCGGCGGAGUCCGGCAUGGCGCAGCCUGGCGUGCGGUUCGGCCCCGCCAGGUGGUCAGCCCUUCCUCGGAGUCCGGGUGGCUGGGGGCGCUUCGGAGAGUGGCCAGGGGCCCCCAACCCCGGGGCCGCAGAGCAGUACCAGUACGUGGCCUGUUAGGAACCAGGCUACAGAGCAGGAGUUGCCAAAACAAAGGGGAUUUGGUGAUGGAGGCUUUGUUAGAAGGAAUACAAAAUCGAGGCCAUGGUGGGGGAUUUUUGACAUCUUGUGAAGCAGAACUACAGGAGCUCAUGAAACAGAUUGACAUAAUGGUGGCUCAUAAAAAAUCUGAAUGGGAAGGACGUACACAUGCUCUAGAAACUUGCUUGAAAAUCCGUGAACAGGAACUUAAGAGUCUUAGGAGUCAGUUGGAUGUGACACAUAAAGAGGUUGGAAUGUUGCAUCAGCAGGUAGAAGAACAUGAAAAAAUCAAGCAAGAGAUGACCAUGGAGUAUAAGCAGGAGUUGAAGAAACUACAUGAAGAAUUAGGCAUACUGAAGAGAAGCUAUGAAAAGCUUCAGAAAAAGCAAAUGAGGGAGUUCAGAGGAAAUACCAAAAAUCACAGGGAAGAUCGGUCUGAAAUUGAGAGGUUAACUGCAAAAAUAGAGGAAUUCCGUCAGAAAUCGCUGGACUGGGAGAAGCAACGCUUGAUUUAUCAGCAACAGGUGUCUUCACUGGAGGCACAAAGGAAGGCUCUGGCUGAACAAUCAGAGAUAAUUCAGGCUCAGCUUGCCAAUCGGAAACAGAAAUUAGAGUCUGUGGAACUUUCUAGCCAAUCAGAAAUUCAACACUUAAGCAGUAAACUGGAGCGGGCUAAUGACACUAUCUGUGCCAAUGAGUUGGAAAUAGAGCGCCUCACCAUGAGGGUCAAUGACUUGGUUGGAACCAGUAUGACUGUCCUGCAGGAGCAGCAGCAGAAAGAAGAAAAAUUGAGGGAAUCUGAAAAACUAUUAGAGGCUCUGCAGGAAGAAAAGAGAGAAUUGAAGGCAGCUCUUCAGUCUCAAGAAAAUCUCAUACAUGAGGCCAGAAUACAAAAGGAGAAGUUACAAGAAAAAGUAAAGGCAACUGACACUCAACAUGCUGUAGAAGCUAUACGGCCACGAGAAGAAUCUCCGGCAGAAAAGAAGUACACCUCUCAAGGGCAGGGGGACUUAGACAGUGUGCUCUUCCAGUUGAAUUUUACCCAUACUAGUGAGGACCUUCUGCAGGCAGAGGUGACUCGUCUUGAAGGCAGUUUGGAAUCUGUGAGUGCAACAUGUAAACAGCUGAGCCAAGAACUAAUGGAAAAAUAUGAAGAACUGAAGAGGAUGGAAGCACAUAACAAUGAAUACAAAGCAGAGAUUAAGAAGUUGAAAGAACAGAUUUUACAGGGUGAACAAAGUUACAGUUCUGCACUAGAAGGAAUGAAGAUGGAAAUCUCCCAUCUAACUCAGGAGUUACAUCAGCGAGAUAUCACUAUUGCUUCCACCAAAGGUUCUUCCUCAGACAUGGAAAAGCGACUCAGAGCAGAGAUGCAAAAGGCAGAAGACAAAGCAGUAGAGCAUAAGGAGAUUUUGGAUCAGCUGGAGUCACUCAAAUUAGAAAAUCGUCAUCUUUCUGAAAUGGUGAUGAAAUUGGAAUUGGGUUUACAUGAGGCAAAAGAGAUUUCACUAGCAGACCUCCAGGAGAAUUAUAUUGAGGCAUUAAAUAAAUUAGUGUCUGAAAAUCAACAACUACAGAAAGAUUUGAUGAAUACCAAAUCUCAGCUGGAGAUUUCUACUCAGAUGUGCAAAAAACAAAAUGACAGGAUCUUUAAACCAACACACAGCAGAACAACUGAGUUCAAGAAUACAGAGUUCAAGCCAACCCAUGGCCAGCACAGACAUGAUGGAAUAAAGACUGAGCACUACAAAACAGGUCUUCAUUCUCCAAGAGGACAAGCGUCGGAUAGUAUAAACCCCAUGUCUAGGGUGCUAAGCCCCCUGAGUCCUCAAAUCAGCCCUUGCAGCUCCACCAGGUCUUUGACUUCCUACUCUCUAUGUAAAACUCAUUCUUUGCCUUCAGCGCUAGAUACAAAUGAAGCCAAUUUUUCUGACACUAUGUCUGAGAGUAUGAAUGACCAAGAAGAGUUUAUAUCUUCGUGUUCCUUGCCUGUAUCUCCCCUUGGUUCAAUAGCUACCAGAUUUUUGGAAGAGGAGGAACUGAGGUCUCAUCACAUUCUAGAGCGCUUGGAUGCCCAUAUUGAAGAACUAAAAAGAGAGAGUGAAAAGACAGUGAGACAAUUCACAGCCUUAAAGUAGCCUCUUAAAAAAAUCACAAUCUUGGAAAUAAAAAUAAACACCAAAGAGUUACUGUCAUCUGAAGUAGCAGCUCUUUAAAAACAUGAAGAGAUAAAAUUAUAAAAAUGAUACAUCUAAAGCAGUGGUGAAGAAAGCUGAAAAACUGAUACUUUGGUAGGCAUUUUCUCUGCACUGGUUUGUUUAAAGGACUUCUUCCAGCAAUAACUUGAGAGAAUAAACCACUUUGCUAGACUUUUUUCUCAUACGAAUAUUUAUUAUCAUAAAGUGAUACUUAUCUUGCUGACUUAAAUGUGAAUAGCUAUGUAUUAAUUGAAAUAAGGAUUUUAUGAUACAUGUUGAUAAUAAAGUAACUGCAGGAACUUUCUUUAAGGGAAA